CCCCCCGCCCGUGUCCACUGAUUUGAAAACAACUGAUCAGAAGUCAGCGUGCGUGCUGUUAUUUUACCUCUAACCGCGAGGAUAAGCUUCCCACGAAAACCGAUUCAAAGUCAGUUUAUAUUUGUUGUCACGAGAUGUGAUUCCUCCAAAAAUGAGCUAAAGUAAACAGAAAUCGAGAUAGUAUGGGGAUGAGGAAAGCUAACUAACAGCAACUGAAUCAACGGUUGUCCUGUUAAAACAAACCGACAUUUUUAUUUCAAGACAUUCAACCAAAUAAAAAGGGAAGACAAGAUGGAAAUGCUGUGUUUCCGGUUACCGGGCCACGGGGACACAACCCUGAAGCACCUGAAUUCACUGAGGUCUCGCCAGCACUUCUGUGACAUCACCAUUGUUGCAAGUGACAAUAAGACAUUCAGGGGACAUAAGGUGGUGCUGGCUGCCUGCUCGCCCUUCUUAAGGGACCAGUUCCUCCUCAACCCGUCCCCCAAGCUACAGGUGUCGAUGCUGUACAGCUCCACAGUGGUGUGUGAUCUGCUUCAGUCUUGUUACACUGGCAUCCUGCAGUUUAAUCCAGAAGAGAUUGUCAACUACCUGACCGCUGCCAGUUACUUACAGAUGGAGCAUAUUGUGGAGCGCUGCCGAGGAGCACUGAAGAAAUAUGUGCAGCUAAAAAACCCCAGUCCACCGAAGAUGACUUCAGACGAGAGCCAGACUCAACCGUUGAUUGUCAGCGGAAGCAUUCACUCUGUUGCAUCUCCUCCCACUAGCCGACCCUCACCUGUGCACCCACACAGUCCUGUAGUACGCUCGGUGGAUGAGAACGGCGGUGACAUGUCUGCCGAGGGCAGCAGCCAACACCACGAUGGCAGUCCCAUGCUGGAUGAGCCAUGCAUUAAGGUUAAUGCAUCAGAUGAGGAGGAAGAGGCCAGACAGGAGGACUAUGAUGUGUUCAGGGUGUACAUCUCCGAAGAAGAGCAGAUGAACAGAGAAAGGGAAGAGAGAGGAGCUCCCUCUGAUGGAACUCAAGAUGCUGGUUACCCAGAGACAGAAAGUGUCGUAAUUGGAGGAGAAGACGGCGAAUAUAACUUGAAUCCAACAGAAGAUGAUCUCCGUAUGGGGGGACUUUCAGUAGAGGGGCUACGCGCUCUCGGGCGCAGGCUACCUGACCCUAAAAUUGGCCGGAGCAGAGGGAGAGGCAGGGGGCGGGGUUUUAAGAGGAGAAGGUGGGUGUCAUCACAGGAGAAAAGACCUCCAGGCAUGGCUCACCACCAGGAUUUGUGGUACCUAGCAUCUGCAGGGAUGGGAGGGGGUUUCAGCUUGGACUACAGCCAAGAAGGACUUAAGGCAGGAAAUUACGUCUCAGUUGAACUCCCACAGUUAGACUUCAGCAUGGGCGACACGCAAGGAGAAAAGGCCUCCCCAGCAGCUGCCAACAGUUUGACCCAGUACGCCCUGGAGGAGUCUAGUUGUGGUCCUGGAGAAGGGAGUUCAGGGCUGAGUUCAGCUGUGGGAACAAACGAGGGAGGGGAUGAGUCUGUUGCAGUGGUGGGAUCCACUUCAAGUGUAGCUGGGCCUGUGAGCUGUGAGCACUGCGGCAUGACGUUCCCCUCAGCCCACUCCCUAGCCAUCCACUCCCGCUCCACUCACCUGCUGUACGCCUGUCCCUGCUGUGGCAAACACUUCCACCACUCCGCCAACCUCACCCGACACAUGGCCGUGCACCGAGGCGCCGGAAAAACCCACCAGUGCCCCCUGUGCUAUAAGACUUUCACUCAAAAAUCCACACUGAUAGACCACAUGAACCUCCACAGUGGUGAGCGACCGCACCACUGCGCAUACUGCCACGCCCGCUUUGCACACAAGCCUGCCUUACGACGUCACCUGAAGGAACAACAUGGAAAAACCACGGGGCAGAACUCUCUACAUGAGCAGGAGGAGAGGGAGCGAGCCGGUGGAAGAAUAAGAGAGGAAGAGCAAGAAUGCCUGGUUACUGCGCAAUUGUCAUAGACCAAAGCAUUAAAGACCGUUAAGUGUCUUGUCUAAACAUCUAAAGCUCCUCAGGCUCGGCAGCUUACUGCAGUGAUAUUUCGCCGAGUCCAGAGGGGAGGUCAGUAUGUGGGGUCACAAUCCCCAUGUGGAUAUGAGGCCUUUUAAAAUGUCAGACUGUGACAACAAAAGCCCUUUCAAAUGAAAAUGGUUUCAGAUGUGCAUAAAAAUAUACUGAGUGAUGGAUGUGGGUAAAAUGACUGGGACAGAAUAGUCCUCCACCCUCUUACACUGAGACGAGGCCUUUUUGACACCAGACAUUUUGACUUUGCACAGGUAUUACUUAUAACAUUAACGAUGACUCUGUUGUAUUCAAGAGUCCCAGUAAUGCCCAAUUUAUGGUUCUGCCUGACAAGCACCUCCCAAGAAAUGUAACUACACGUUGCGGCAACGCAGACCGCAACAACUGCGAUUGGUCCGCUUGGUAGCGGCGUGAACAACAUGAAAUCGGUGAGAGGGUUAAUUUUUCUUCCAACAGCUUUUCGACCGUGCUCAGAAAGCACAGGGGAGACACUUUCUUUCAUUUUGUUAUUUACACCUGUGCUUUUCAUACUGUGACAUGUCAAGGUGUCCCCAGUGAAAAAGUCCUAUUGAUUAUCAUGUCUCUUAGAAUAAAACUGUAAUGCUAAACUUGAAUAUAUGUAAUACAUGUUCAGUAUGAUGACUUGCCACAGUUCAAAGAAAAGAUUAUGUAAAUCAGUGAAAAUAAAAUAAUUUGAAAGUCUC